AUGUUCAUGCACGGGUAUAACUCUUAUAUGAAAUAUGCAUAUCCUCAUGAUGAACUGAUGCCAUUGUCAUGCAAGGGACGGCAACGAGGAGUGACACCAACUCGAGGUGAUAUCGACGAUGCCUUAGGAAAUUUUUCGUUAUCGCUUGUCGAUUCGCUAGAUACACUGGUCGUCCUGGAUGAACUGGAGGAAUUUGAGAGUGCCGUGCAACGGGUCAUUAACAAUGUGCGUUUUGAUUCAAAUUUGGUUGUAUCGGUUUUCGAGACAAAUAUUCGCAUGAUUGGAGGAUUGAUAUCAGGUCACGUCAUGGCUAAAUUAGUGCAGGCAAGAGAAGAGGGUAUAUUAGAAUGGUACAGUGACGAAUUGCUACAAAUGGCUGCUAACUUGGCUGAUAGGCUUUUGCCAGCUUUCAACACGACAAGCGGAAUCCCAUAUCCGAGGAUAAAUCUGAAAUAUGGAAUGUUGGAUUUUCUCCGAGAGCAACGCGAUACGUGUACAGCUUGUGGCGGAACGAUGAUCCUUGAAUUUGCCGCAUUAAGCCGACUUACGGGUAAUCCAAUAUAUGAGGAAAAAGCACGAAAAGCAAUGGAUUUUUUGUGGGCACAGAGGCAUCGCGGUACGGAUUUGAUGGAUGCGGGCAUUGGUGCUGGGAUCGAUUCAUAUUAUGAAUACUGCUUGAAGGCAUAUAUUUUACUCGGUGAUGAGGAUUAUUUGUACCGUUUCAACAAGCACUAUGAAGCUAUUAUGAGGUAUGUCAACAAGGGGCCUCUGUUUAUUGAUGUACAUAUGCAUAAACCAACAGUAGCAGCUAGGACAUACAUGGAUUCGUUGUUGGCGUUUUGGCCUGGCAUACAGGUGUUGAAAGGCGAUCUGAAGGCAGCAAUCGAGUUCCACGAAACGCUUUAUCAAGUCAUCAAGAGGCACAAAUUUCUCCCAGAAGCGUUCACGCAUGACUUGCAAGUUCACUGGGCCGAGCAUCCAAUUCGUCCCGAAUUCAUCGAAAGCACGUACCUGUUGUAUCGAGCAACCAAAGAUGAGCACUAUCUUCGAGUGGCCAAAGAUCUUAUGGAUAGCAUGAAUCAGUUUCUGCGUGUAGAGUGUGGCUUUGCUGCUGCCAAGGAUAUUCGUUCGAUGAGUCACGAAGAUAGGAUGGAUUCGUUUGUGCUUUCGGAAACACUCAAAUACCUAUACAUGAUAUUCACGGAGCCUUCAGAUCUGUACAUUGACCCACAUAAUUAUGUGCUUACAACCGAAGCUCAUUUCAUACCUCUUUCAAUUGCUGAUGCCGAUAGCGAUGGCAAACUCCCUCGACGCCUGAUAAUCGAUCCCGAUGAGGUGAUCGAUGAUGAAGAAGCAAUAACAAACAAGAAAUUCCGGUCUGCAUGUCCUGUAGUAAGCGAGAAAUUCGAUAAUUUGCGAGCUUACGCAAAGGAUUUGCGUGACGGCGUCCAAAGUGUUGUUGAUGAGCUAACGAAGAGUACGCACAGUUCCGGAAGCUGUCCCAAAAUUCCAACUCGUUUGAAUGCCUGGACAUUCAGUGUAACAAAUCGUGAGCAUAUACAGCAGUUGAAGCAAAUGGGCAUACAAAUGCAUUUUCAAUCGGACGGACGUAUGCAACUCAGUCAUUCACCAGAAUCGGUAAAUAUGGUUUUUUUUGUCCUUUGA